GGCCUCAUGUUGGGAUGUGGAGCAUCCUGCAUCGUAUAGGAACUUAUAAGUAUACUUUCUUAGUUACAGCAAACUUCAGUUGUUUCCUCCUGAUUGGUCUUUCAAAUUAAUUGCUUCUGCCACUAUUUAAAGGCUUUUUGGUUAAGCCAGAACAAAAGUGGAGUAUAUGCUUUAAAGACUCUAUUUUUAGCUGACCAAUUUUCUUCAUUUGGGUGUUUCUUAGUGAUUGAGAAUCAGCACACAAAUGGGGUUCUAAAAAAAAUGGAAUCUUGGAUUGCUACAAGAUAGUCCCAAGUGGGUAUCUCCUUUUUUCUUUUGUCUUUUAUGUUGUUGUCUUGAAUUUGGUGGAUUCUUGUUGAUAAAAGAUUAUGUGAAGUUCUUUUUCAUCUUAUUUUGGUAUAAACUGGGAGACUUUUUUGGUUGUUUCUCGAUUCUUCUAGGCUUUUCUGUGUGUAGUAUUUGAUUGGGGGUGUACUAACAUAAGGGAAUUCCAUCCCCCAAUAUUGAUAUCUUCUUGUUGAAUAUAAGAAUCUAACAAAGUAGUUGGAAAACUGAAACAAAGAGUAUUUAGAGAUGUCUUCUAGUUCUACAACAAACAAGACUAAUUGCUCAAGGAGCAGUUCAGCUCGAUCUAGGCAUGGUGCUAGAGUUAUUGCUCAAACCCCAGUUGAUGCAAAGCUCCAUGUUGAGUUUGAAGACUCUGAACAACAGUUUGAUUACUCUAAUUCAGUUAACUUGUCUAAUUCCACUAGCAAUGUUUCAUCUUCAACUGUAUCUGCUUAUCUCCAGAAAAUGCAAAGGGGAAGUCUAAUUCAGCCAUUCGGCUGUAUGAUUGCUGUAGAUGAGAAUUUCGCUGUCAUAGCGUAUAGCGAAAAUGCACCAGAAAUGUUGGACUUGACACCUCAUGCUGUUCCAAAUAUGGAACAACGAGAGGCUUUGACCUUUGGGACUGAUGUCAGGAAGUUGUUUCGUUCUUCAGGUGCUUCCGCGCUUGAAAAAGCAGCUAGUUUUGGAGAACUUAGUUUGCUUAAUCCUAUUUUGGUUCAUUGUAAAAACUCAGGCAAGCCUUUUUAUGCGAUUUUGCACCGUAUUGAUGUUGGACUAGUAAUAGAUUUGGAGCCUGUGAAUCCGGAUGAUGUCCCUGUAACUGCGGCUGGAGCUUUGAAAUCUUAUAAGUUAGCAGCUAAAGCUAUUGCAAGAUUACAAUCUAUUCCAAGUGGGGAUAUAUCAUUGUUAUGUGAUGUAUUAGUUAGAGAAGUGGAGAACUUGACAGGCUAUGAUCGUGUUAUGGUUUAUAAAUUCCACGAGGAUGAACAUGGGGAAGUAGUUGCUGAAUGCUGUAAGCCUGACCUAGAACCUUAUCUUGGUUUGCAUUAUCCUGCUACAGAUAUACCACAAGCUUCAAGAUUUCUCUUCAUGAAGAAUAAGGUUAGGAUGAUAUGUGAUUGCUUAGCUCCACCAAUUAGGGUGAUUCAAGACCCAAGAUUGGCUCAGUCGUUGAGCCUUGGCGGGUCCGUGUUAAGAGCUCCCCAUGGCUGUCAUGUACAAUACAUGACUAAUAUGGGUUCUAUUGCAUCUAUGGUUAUGUCUGUGAUGAUUAGUGAGGAAGAUGACGAGUUGGAUAGUGACCAGCAAAUGGGAAGAAGAAAAUUGUGGGGUUUGGUAGUUUGCCAUCACAGUUCCCCUAGAUUUCUUCCUUUUCCUUUGAGGUACGCGUGUGAGUUCUUGGUUCAAGUUUUCAGUGUUCAGAUUAAUAAGGAAGUGGAAGUGGCAGCUCAAGUUAGGGAAAAGCAGAUACUCCGAACUCAAACUAUUCUAUGUGAUAUGCUUCUAAGAGAUGCUCCUAUGGGGAUUGUUACUCAGUCUCCUAAUGUUAUGGACCUUGUAAGGUGUGAUGGGGCUGCACUUUACUAUAGGAAUAAACUUUGGUUGCUUGGUGUUACCCCUAUGGAGUCCCAAAUCAGAGAUAUAGCUGAAUGGCUUAAUGAAUCUCAUGGUGAUAGUACAGGUUUAAACACAGAUAGUCUCAUGGAAGCUGGCUAUCCAGGCGCUUCAGUGCUCGGUGAUGCGGUAUGUGGAAUGGCUGCUGUAAAAAUAACUUCAAAAGAUUUCCUCUUCUGGUUCCGCUCCCACACAGCUAAAGAGAUCAAGUGGGGUGGUGCGAAACAUCUUCCUGGAGAGAAGGAUGACGGAAGUAAAAUGCACCCAAGGUCAUCAUUUAAAGCUUUUCUAGAGGUUGUUAAGCGGCGGAGCCUGCCCUGGGAAGAUGUGGAAAUGGAUUCCAUUCAUUCCUUGCAGCUGAUAUUGCGAGGAUCUUUGCAAGAUGAGGUUGCUGAAUGUUCUAAAAUGAUUGUGAAUGUCCCUGCUGUAGAUACCAGUAUAGAUAAAGUGGAUGAACUUCGUAUUGUCACAAACGAAAUGGUUCGUCUCAUUGAGACAGCAUCAAUACCCAUUUUGGCUGUUGAUGCUUCAGGCAGUAUCAAUGGAUGGAACUCUAAAAUAUCUGAGUUAACUGGAUUGUCGAUAGAGAAAGCUAUAGGUGUACCCUUAGUUGAUUUGGUUAUUGAUGGUACAACAAAAGCAAUUGAAGGUGUGCUCUCCCUGGCAUUGCAAGGCAGGGAGGAGAAAAAUGUAGAAAUCAAGCUUAGAACAUUUGGUCCUCAAGAAAAUGUCGGACCAAUUACGUUAGUGGCUAAUGCCUGUUGUAGUCGAGACGUAAAACAAGAUAUUGUUGGAGUUUGCUUUAUUGGGCAAGAUGUUACUGGGCUAAAGCUGAUUAAGGACAAAUAUAGUCGCAUUCAAGGUGAUUAUGUUGGAAUUGUCCGCAACCCAUCUCCUUUAAUUCCUCCAAUUUUUGUGAUGGAUGAAAAUGGAAGAUGCUUGGAAUGGAAUGAUGCUAUGCACAAGUUGACUGGGACGAAGAGGGAGGAGGUCAUUGAUCAAAUGCUUCUUGGUGAGGUUUUCACAGUCAAUAACUUUGGUUGCAGGGUGAAAGAUCAAGACACAUUAACCAAGCUCAGGAUAUUAUUGAAUAGAGUAAUUGCUGGUGGGGAAGGUGAGAAGUUGUUUUUCGGGUUAUUUGAUAAACAGGGUAAGUAUAUUGAAGCCUUAAUCUCUGCAAAUAAAAGGGUUGAUGCCGAUGGUCGGGUAACUGGGGUCUUGUGCUUCCUUCUUGUUCCUAGUCCAGAACUUCAAUAUGCAAUGCAUGUGCAAAAGAUGUCAGAACAAGCUGCUGAAAAUAGUCUUAAAAAGUUGGCUUAUGUUCGUCUUGAACUAAAAAACCCUUUAAACGGUAUAAAGUGCAUUCAGAAUCUGCUAAAAUCUUCUGAUUUAAGCAAGGAUCAAACACAUUUGCUGAAGACAAGCACAAUGUGUCAAGAACAACUAGCCAAGAUCAUUGAUGACACUGAUAUUGAGAGUAUUGAGGAAAGCUAUAUGGAAAUGAAUUCUUGUGAGUUCAAUCUUGGCGAAGUUGUUAAAGUGGUCAUUAAUCAAGUUAUGAUUCUAAGUCAGGAGCGCAAGGUUCAGGUCACAUGGGACUCACCUGUCGAAGUAUCACAGUUUUACCUGAUUGGUGAUAAUUUGAGGCUUCAACAAGUCCUUUCUGACUUUUUGAACACAGCUAUCCUCUUUACUCUUCCCUUUGAAGACUCCUCUGUGCAUUUCAGAGUAAUUCCAAGGAAGGAACGUAUAGGGAUGAAGAUGCACGUCAUGCAUCUUGAAUUUCGGAUCACUCAUCCAGCCCCAGGGGUGCCUGACGAGCUAAUUCAACAUAUGUUCCACUACAGUCAGAACAUAUCAAGGGAAGGUCUUGGCCUAUACAUCAGCCAGAAACUUGUUAAAAUAAUGAAUGGCACUGUCCAGUAUCUUCGUGAAGCGGAGAGAUCCUCGUUCAUUAUCUUAGUUGAAUUUCCACUGACAGAUAAGAGCAAUGACUAAUAAUUCUAGCCAUCAGUGUUCCUGACUAUCCUACUGCUGACAACUCAUUUUUACAUGACAAGUUUUUCAAGAUUUUGACAGAUUGAGAGCCAAAGUCUGCUGACUAUCUAGCCAAUGCUAUUAGAUGGGGCACCUCAUUUAUUGCUCGCGGGAGUCGCAUUCUAUUAUUUCUAGUGGUUCUUCACUGUUUACCAAGGCUGUUGCAAAUGGGGUUCGCUAGAACUUAAUUGAGCAUUCCCAUUGCUGAUCUCUUUGCUCCAUCAGGAUUCAGGGGCAUACAUUCAAGAUUCCGGAAAAGGCUAAAUUUUAGAGGAUCAGUUAAUCUGCUGUUCGAUGAGCCAACUUGGUUGUUAUUUGAAUGAGCUAUAUGUUACCCAUUGGAGUGGUGGUUUUAGAAUGUCAUCUAACAUAGAAGCUGCAAUACCAGUAUCAACAAUUGCUUUUCGAGGCCAGAGAGUCGCUUCUUUUUCUACUUGAGAGGGCAUCUUGAUAGCCAUUUAGGCACAUUGUUAUGUUACUGCUUUGGGUUAUACUCUGCCAAGACGAUUGCAUCAAUUUCUGGUGGUGGAAGAUCCAUGGUUGAAAUGUUUUCGGUCUUCUCCAUGGCAUCUGCAGCAAAGGAUGUGAUAAUGCUUCGUUCACGUUCCACAGAAAGAGAACGCAGCAAUCAGCAUAACUUAGUUAUCAGGAACAUUUCUUUCGUCUGACAAUUCAACUGACUUAUUGUACAGGUUCGAUAUAGAUCUUUUGUUUUGUACAACGUUGUUUAGUGAAGAUUUCUUGGAAUAGAUUAUAGUUCCAGAUUGAGACCAUUGCAGGGUGAAGCAGUCUGUUUUUAGCAUAUUUUCAACUGAAAUACAAGAUCAGCUGCUGCUAUCUUUACUUGUUAA